GAAAGACUUUCUCGAUGGAUCCUAGGGCUGCCCAUGCGCUGAAUGGCGGGGAUAACGAGGACGACGCUCUGCGCAUCGCCAUCGCCUUGUCCUUGGGUGUUGACGUCUCAUCACAAGAUGUCGAAAUCAUAGAAUCUCGAAAUAGAUCGAACAGCAGACGCACCGAUGCUAUUGAUCUGACCUCGGACUCACCAGAGCCUGAGUCUGUCCCCGCUCCCCAAACAGAGGCCAAGCGGCCUACAUCACCGCCGCUUGUACCCAGCAGCACUCAGUCAUCUAUUUUCGGAAUGGAUCGAAAGAAGAUGGAAGAGGAACGUCUGGCAAGGCUAUCGAAAAGAAAGGCCUCUGAUACUGAGGCCCAUGAAAUCGAGAGACCAGCCCAAAAGCCAAGGCUGGAGAAUGAGGUUGCUCCAACCAUCAAAGGUAGCUCUGCUGUACCUCCUACCCGCGUUCACAAUCUGCCAGCGGCCAACAGGCUACCAUUUCCUACCGGCGUUGUCAAGAGGACCUGGCUGCAAGGACAGUCAAGAUCAUCUCAAGACAUCACCAUCGAAGAGGUAUUGCAGAAAGACCAGCUGGAGCUUGCCGUUUUGAGCAGCUUCGACUGGGACACCGAAUGGCUUUGGACUAAGGUCGACCCUACGAAAACCAAGACGACUCUGAUUGCGUUCGCCGGAAGUGAAGCCGAGCAAGAACGAGUAGCUGCCAGUGCUCAGGGUGUAGCACGCCUUUGCUUCCCACCGAUGAAUGGGAAUGGCAAUAUGCAUUCCAAGCUUCAGCUUCUCAAGUUUCCCGGCUACAUCCGAAUCGUGGUUCCGUCCGGAAACCUAGUACCAUACGACUGGGGCGAACAGAACGGAAUCAUUGAGAAUUCGGUCUUCAUUAUCGACCUGCCUCCGUUGAAGGCCGGUGUCAAGUUGGAAGACAAUGUCAUGACCUCAUUCGGCGAAGAACUUAUUUACUUUCUCACGGCACAAGGACUGAACGAGCGCAUAGUAAGCAGCCUGUGCAAGUACGACUUUAGCCAAACAUCCCGAUAUGCCUUUGUGCACACCAUAGCUGGUGUGCAUACCGGUGACAAAUGGAGACGAACCGGAUACUGCGGUCUUGGUAGAGGGAUCCAGAAUCUUGGCCUUGCGACAGACGAACCAGUAGAGAUCGAUUUUGUUGCCUCCUCGAUAGGAUCCUUGAAGUACGGCUAUCUAGCUGCUUUGUACAAUGCCUUCCAAGGUGAUUCGGGACUGAAGGAUUAUCAGUCAAGAGCAUCCAAGACGAAAAAUACCAAGGAAGAUGCUGCCUCUGUGCAGAAAGCAAAGUUACGGAACUGCUUCCGUAUUUACUUUCCAUCUCUCGGGACAGUUGAAACAAGCCGCGGUGGAAUAAGGUCUGCUGGAACACUCUGUUUACGAUCCAACUGGUGGGAGGCCGCGACGUUCCCCCGUGAAUUAUUCAGAGACUAUGAGAACCCCCGCGGUGCACUUGUUCAUAGCAAGAUUAUCUUUGCUCGGUCCCCUGCCACAUCGGCGGCCUGGGCCUAUGUUGGCAGCGCCAAUAUUUCUGAAAGUGCAUGGGGUAAUUUGCUCGUGAAAGAUAGGGCAAGUUCCCAGCCCAAGAUGAGCUGUCGCAAUUGGGAAUGUGGGGUGAUCGUGCCUGUAGGUGAAUCUGCCAGCCCUGGGCGCGUACUAUCUACGGGGAUCGACCUAGGCGACGCGUCAGCUGGAAAGGGCGGCUCUUUGCAUGCUCAUCAAGGGCAUAUUAGUCCACAAGACCAAAACUCUCCCGCCGGUAUAAGUCGGUCGCUGGAGGAAUUGUUCAGAGAAUGCGUGCCCUUGCCAAUGAAACUUCCCGGCAGGAGUUACGCGUCGGCACAGGACGGCAAGGUACCGCGGCCUUGGUGCUUUGAUCAAGCACCGCGGAUAUGAUACCGCGGCUAAGAUCCCGCGGCUGGCCGCAGUAAUUAUUUUCGCCGACAGCCCCUGCCAAUCGAAAACGGAGUUCAAGUCUUGCUUGACUCAUGUUGAGGUGAAGAAUUUGCUGCUGUUUCGUUGCGAGCGGGUACGAUAAUG